AGCGGCCAUGUAGAACUUUGCGCGGGGUGAUAUGAUCAUAGCACCUGGAAAAAGAGGAACGACUGCCUCAAGUGGAGCCGGCAGGAAUUGCUCCAUCCCGCCGCUGCUUCGUCUUCCUCCGCAGUCUCUUGCCUCGCUUUCUGGCCUACACGCGCGUUGCCGCUGAGGACAAUUCCUGAGGCUACGAGUAAUACAUGAUUCCUAUAGUGAAGAUACCUACAGUAUCUUGCUUCAGAAGUGUUGCCAGUCGGAACAAGAGAUGGGUCAAGUUGCCGAAGCAUGGCUUGAAUGCCAGAAAAGAAUAGAUGAUUAUGUUGAUGAACAGCUUAAUUUUGUUCCAGGUGGCAGUGAGAACAAAACAACGCUUUCUGAAAGAAGACUGGGAAGUUUUUAAACAGAGGCAUUUCAUAGAACAGCGAAACAGCAAGAAAGCAGUAUCUGAAGAAAAUAACUUUACAGACACAAUGAGACAUCUGUUGUCAUCACGACUAAGUAUUUCUGACUGUCCCAAUUGCAAUUACAGGCACAAAUGUACUUGUGAUGACUGCAGCCUUUCUCAUAUUCUGAUGUGUGGAAUCAUGGAUUCACGGGCUACAGAUGAUCUCCAUAGUAAUCACCUGCCACUUCAGAUUGAUCCUGCUCCUGAUUAUUUGUCUCAAAUGCACUUACGUGGUAUGUCAUCCGGAAGCUCAGGGUCCAGGUCGAGUUCCCCUUUCACUGACCAGCAGAUAGACAGACCAAGACUCAUUCUUACAGAUAACUGCUCUGGAUCAACUUUUAAUAUUGAAGAUGAAGAUGUUUCACCAGUAUCAGAAAAACCUGCUGAUAUUUGUUUGAUUAAUCAUUCUGAUAGUGCUGAGGCUGUCAGAAAUGUGAAUGAAAUCCAACGACAGUUAAAUAAUAGAGUCAAGAACAUGGCAUUAAAGUAUGAGUCUCUCCAGCAGAAUUGUAGUACUAGUAGCAGUUCAUCAGAAGCAGAUGCUGAAGAAGCAGAUGAGGAGAAUGCUAGUAAUUUAUCAAGGACUCACGAAAGUGAUUUAAUGCUUGGAAGAAAUGUGAGAAGGAAGGAUGAAGCCAAAAUAGACAGUUCUCUGCCAUCAUACUCCACUCAGCAGGCUGAUCAAGGGCCAGUUUGUUGUGAGUGCCAUAUCUGUACACAGGAAGCCUCAGGCUCCUCUUCUUCAGACACUGAAGUGAGAUGUCUUCCUGCUGGGCAUCGGUUUAGAAUCCCAGAAAAACCUGCCCAUCCUGCUCUUCAUCUUUAUCCUCAUAUCCAUGGACAAAUACCACUUCAUACUAUUCCCCAUAUAUCUCCUCCACUAAUCCAUCCCUCCUUAUAUACAGCUUCCCCCUUUGCACAGAAUAAGGCCCUGGUUCAGAAUCAUGCAAAUAAUCAGCAAGUUCUCAGUACAUCAUUCCAAGAUAAUAUGUACCCAAAUGAUUUUGGGAGUACUGCAGACUGGAAGAGUUCUAAAUUUCUAAGUAUUUGGGAAUCUGAAGUCAUGAAUGAGAAAAACUGGACUGUCUCCACCUUUUUGCAAGAUGAACUUCCUGACACUAAAAAAGUAGUUAUGGCGACAUCUUCGGCAACCUCUUCAGUUUCAUGCACUGCUACUACAGUACAGUCAAGCAACAACCAAUUUAAAGUUUCAUCUAAAAGAUCAUCAUCACUGGGUGAUGUAUUCCACAGUAUCAUUUCAGAGGAUCCCAGAUGUUCUGCAUUACCUGCACCACAAAACAAUCCCAUUAGUUUGGCAUCACUUCCUUCUCUUUCCCCUGCGUCAGCUCCCCAUUUCCCAAGUCCUAAUGCUUCAUCUUUCUCCAAAGUUACCACGACUGCUCUUGGCUUUGUGGAUCCCCAUGCAGGUCUUUAUCCCACAACAGUUGCACCUCCUUCAACUACAGAGAGCUUGAUUAGUGCUCCACCAAGUGUUUGCAGUGACCCUGAUUGUGAAGGCCAUCAUUGUGAGAACAGCAGUAUAUAUGAUCAUCAACAGUAUGAUGGUGAGGAGAGCCAAGAUGAAGAUAGCUGUUCAGAGCAUAGCUCUAGUACCUCAACAUCCACAAACCAAAAAGAAGGAAAAUACUGUGACUGUUGCUACUGUGAAUUCUUUGGUCAUGGAGGACCACCAGCAGCACCAACUAGUAGAAAUUACUCUGAAAUGAGAGAAAAACUUCGCUUACGUUUAACAAAGAAGAAAGAGGGACAACCCAAGCAUCCAGAGCUGAUACAAGAUAGCGAAAAUGUUGUUGAUAAUCGAAAAGUAGAAGACUUGCUACAGUUUAUAAACAGCCCUGAGACUAAACCCGUAAGCAGCUCACGGACAGCCAAACGAGCAAGGCAUAAGCAAAAAAAGUUAAAAGAAAAGGGCCACAUUGAAACCAAAGCUGGAGAACAGGAACAUCAGCUACUUCAACAGCAAGAAGAUGAGGGGACACAACAACCACAAGAGUUACAAACCAUAAAGGGGGGAAUAAAAGAGAAAACUAACAUAAACUGUCAGAAAGUAAAAGUACAUACUCAGAAUUGUCAAGUAAUGAAGAAGCCUUCCCCUGACACCCCAGAAAGCAUUCAGAAUGAAUUACUAGAUAAAAUAGAAACGUUAUCUAAUUCACUAUCUAAACAUGUAAAUCAUGUUGAACAGGUGCAGGUUUCUGAAAAUUGCUAUGACCAUUCGAAUCCAAUAAAUGGUAGAGACUCAAAACUGCUCUUCAAGACUGAGAUGACUGUGAAAUCACAAGAACCCCUUUCUUUGCUUCUUAAUAUAAUGCAUCAACAUGCAGAAGAUAGAAACAAAGAGCAGAUAACAGAAAUAAAUAAUCUGUUCGCUCAACGAUUGAAAAAGUCUUCCAAGGCAGCUGAUACCCAGACUCCACCUAAAAUUAAAAACAAAAUACAUUCUAAAAUAAAAGUGGCAGAACUUCAGUCACUUGCUGUUUCCAAAAAAGAGAAAAAACUAAGCAUUAAUAAAAUAAAGCAAAUUAACCCUGUGACACAGUCACCUUUUGUGGAAGGCUCCUUUUUCCCAAGGGAACAGCUGUACAAUAAACUCCAACUGCAAGAGUCUCGUCAUCCAAAAAGCAAGAGCAAGAAAAAUAAGAAAAAGAAAAGCGACAAAGGGAACUUGUCAGUUGAUGAUGUGUUUUUGCCAAAAGAUGUUGACCUAGACAGUGUGGAAAUGGAUGAGACAGAGCGGGAAGUGGAAUACUUUAAAAGAUUCUGCUUGGAUUCUGCCAGACAGACAAGGCAAAGACUUUCCAUCAAUUGGUCCAACUUUAGCUUGAAGAAAGCUACCUUUGCUGUCCACUAGGGGACACAAUAUGGAUAUGAAUUACUAACUCCACUCCCUGUGUUGAAAACUGCUGUGGCCUUGAGACGAAUAACUUCAUUUAGACAGUGCUGUGUGGAUCUUCACUGAUUACCUAGCCUUUCCCGAUUAUUUUAGAAGACUGAAAAAUUGCUGCUUUCUACCUAGAUAUGUUAGUUUUUGUGAGUGAAGUCUGUGAACGAGACUUAUCUGACUAUAGUCUGCAGUUGAUGGAAUUGAAACAAAACUUAGGCUUUUCCCAUUUUGCUAUGACUUGUCCUUUAUACAGAGCAGUGGAUCCAACCAGUUCUGCUCUUUCCUUAUAGACUUCUCAAAACAAAAUGUCAAGAAAACUACUCUUCUAGGACAAGCAUUUACUUUUGUUUUCACAAUCAGCUGUUAAGAAUGUACAAGUUAAGCUAUUUGUGUUUUUGAUUCCCAGUUUGUAGGUGGCUCGUGAAAAAAAAUCUUGCAGAAGAAAGUUUAGCAAACGAGUAGUCACGUAUCAAAUCAGUAAAAUUGUAUAACUGUAUUAACACUGAAGCCUACCUGGCUAAUUUUUAACAUAUUGUUAAGUAAUAUUAAAAUCAUGCCUUUCUUGUUGAAAGAUGGAAUACAUCAGUAAUCAUAAAAGACUAAUAUUCUGUUUUGUGUUUUGUUGUUGCAAUAGCAGGAGGUGGUGGGAAGCCAGUGUCUAGAUAUAUUAUAGAUGAGAGAGGCUUCAUGUAGUUUUGGUUUGUAUGUGUUUGCAAAGCUAGUAACUACCCUGGGGGAAAAACCUUUUGAAGAGCAGGAUAAAAAUCCCAAAUAGACUAGAACUAUGCACAAAUCCCUAACAAAUAUAGCUGUGAAAAGGAUUGGCUGUUAUGAUCAGGCCGUUAGUUUCCACCUAACACAUAGACAGCAAUUCAGAAUGUAACAGGCAGAAUAAAUUAAUUUAGAAGGAAGAGAUGAAAUUGGUAUAAUACCUAGAUUAAUUUGCAUUCCAAGUAUCAGUGUGAUCCUAUUGCUGACAUGCCCAUUGGGUGGGAUAUAAUUGUUCUCAAAUACCUGUGUGCUGAUUGACCACAGUACUAUGCUGGUGGAACAAUACCUUUCAGCAGAGAGGAUGCUACAUCUAGUCUAACUCUUAUAUUCGUGGGAUUUCACCAGCACAAUGGAGAAAACUAGGCAGAGGAGCAAUGGAAGUUGGACAUAAUGUUAUGCUUCCUAGGAGAGUUGGUCCUGUCCACAACUAUGGUGUAAUGUUACCUCUGCAUUAGAGUUAAUGGAGAACCCUAGACAACAGACCCCCUUUCCCCAAACCAUCCUCCAACCAUAUGUGAGGACAAGGUUUUUUGCAGCUGUUUGCAGUACAUGCAGGAAUAUAAAAGAGCCAGCCAGAGAACUUUGCUCUCGUUCAUCAAGACAUGGGACCACAUCAUUUUGCCACCAACUCUAGAGAGUAGAGUGGGGACUUUGAUGAUAUGAAACUUUGCAUAAUAGACAGCAGACACAGGAAACACAAAGAAUAAAGGGCAGAUAAAUAGCACCCAUCCUUUCAGAUUCCCCUUUCAGAUACUCUGCCCAGGAUUUCAGACGCAAAAAUUUACCAGGAAUUUCUAUCUCACUCCUACAGCUGGGGUGCAAUGACACCUCCCAGCACAGAUAAGCAAGGGAGAAGGGAGCUUGUGCAUAAAAAUAUAUCUGCAUCCGUCCAUCCCUCUUCUAAGAUAGGUAUUUUGUGUGGUCCAUUGAAAUUAAAAGGGGAUUGUAGAGGCAUACUAUACAACAAAACUAACAACUGCCACAAUAAAAAGAACUUGGAGCAAGGAAGUUGUGGUUGGUUCAUUUUGCUCUCAAGAAUUGGUGGGAAUAUACUAAAAACCUAAUAUGAGUACUUUUUAAAAGAAAGAAUAUAGUAUUCUUGGCAGCUGAAAACCAUAGCUAAGAAGGAUCAUAGCUCAAUAGUACAGUGUGUACUUUGCAUGCAGGAAAUGAAAGUCCCAGGUACAAUCCGCAGUAUCUCCAUUUAAAGGAUCAGGUGGGAAAGACCUGUGCCUGAUACCUUAGAGAGCCACCACAAGCCAAAGUAAACAAUAUUAGGCUGGAUGAACCAAUGGUCUGAUUUAUAAGACAGCUUCACAUGUUUAUAUUCCAGAUGGAAUAGCAAUUAAAUACCUUACUGCAUCCCCCCACUGUGAUUAAAAAAACAAUGUUGCAAAUUUUAAAAA